AUGCGUAUAAGAUAUAGCUGCUUACGAAGACCCAAUAGCCAUGCUAUUGGUAUAAUAAGGUUUAAACCAAAAUUUGCUAUUCGAUUUUACUCUGAGCCUCCCAAAAAAACCGAUCAUGGAGGAAACAAAGUCAUAGAUUUACAAGAAAAGAAAAAAGAACCAAUAAUCAGUGAUAAAUUCAGUACGUUAAAAGAAAAAUAUGAAAUACCAAGGUAUCCUAUUGUCUUAUGCCAUGGAUUUUCUGGUUUCGACAAGUUAACUUUCAUGCAUAAACCGAAAUUCCAUAAUCGAUUGCACCAAGCUAGCGAGAAAGUCAAAAAGACUAUCGAUGAUGGAUUAUUGAAUAUUGAUUAUUGGUAUGGUAUUAAGGAAGCUCUUGAAAACAUAGGAAGUACUGUUUUGAUUGCCAAAGUUCCUCCAUUUGGAACUAUAAAGGAAAGAGCAAACCAUUUGAAUGAUUUUAUUAACAGAGAAUGUGACGAACUUCGUAAAAGUGAAUCCAAGUCGUCUAUCUAUAGUAAUAUGUCAAACAAAUCAAAAGAUGAUGUGUCAGAGAAUGCAACGUUCGAAGAGACGAAUAAACCAAUUAAGGUAAAUUUGAUUGCUCACUCUAUGGGUGGUUUGGAUAGCCGUUAUCUUAUAUCCAAACUAAAGCAUACUAAUUAUCAAGUAGUUUCAUUAACCACUAUAUCUACACCUCAUCAUGGCUCUGAAUGUGCAGACUUUAUUGUUAAGUUUUUAAAGAACAGGAACCACUUAUCCAGAGUAUGUCCGAAAUCAGUCCAUGAAUUAACUACAAAAAGUUUGGUAGAAUUCAAUCAGAAAGUAAAGGAUGACCCUAAUGUAUCCUACUUUUCUUAUGGUGCCCGAUUCAACCCUAAGUGGUUCAGCGUCUUUAAAUUAACUUGGGAGAUAAUGAAAUAUGAAAUGCAACUUCGAGAUAAAACUAAACCUGGUUUAGAUCGAAUUGAUAAUGACGGCAUUGUGAGUGUAGAAAGUGCGAAAUGGGGCAAAUAUAUUGGCACAUUAGAUGAUGUGGAUCACCUUGAUUUGAUCAAUUGGACAAAUAAAUUAAGAAACGCUAUUGAUAGCACUUUUUUUCAUCCCACAUCAAAGUUUAAUGCUAUCGCAUUGUAUUUAGAUAUAGCCGAAAACUUGUCGAAGCGAGGAUUUUAA